AUGGAAGACAACAGAGGCACUAUCCGGCAUCGGCCGACAAAAGAUGCCACCGAAGCCGACGCCUCUCUUGAGUUAAUGGGCAUCAAGUCCAACCUCGACCGGAAUGCCUUUUCUAACCUCUCAAUGCUCGGGAUGGCAUUCGCAAUUGUAAACACAUGGUGUGCCAUUGGCACAACCGUCAACGCUUCCCUGCCCUCCGGAGGGCCCAGCAGCGCCGUUUGGGGCAUCAUCGUCGCCGGUGGCUUCAAUCUGUGCUGUGGUGUUUCUCUCGCCGAGUUUCUAUCCGCUUAUCCGACCGCCGGUGGACAGUAUCACUGGGCAGCAGUAGCUAGCUGGAAGUCAACAAGACGAGGAGUCAGCUAUGUCACCGGCUGGAUCAACCUUGCCGCGUGGGUAUGCUUAGCUGCGGCCAAUUGCUUACUUGUGAGCGGAAUUAUCAUGAGUUACGCGGAGCUCAUGUAUCCGGGCUUUCUUCAAAAGCCGUGGCAACGGCUCUUGCUAUAUAUCGCGGUUGAUGUUAUUGCCUUCAGCUAUAACCUGCUUGCAAACCGCUUCUUGAGCCACUUGAACAAGUAUAACAUGUUCUUCACUCUUGCAGGCUUCGUAAUUAGCUUGGUUACCAUACUGGCAUGUGCGGCUCCAGACUUCCAGAGCGCCAAGUUUGUGUUUGGAGGGUUUAUCAACGAAUCUGGCUGGCCGGAUGGCUGGGCCUGGCAACUUGGUCUAUUACAGGGAGCAUUCUCAGUGACUGCGUAUGACUCCACUAUACAUAUGAUCGAAGAGAUGCCGAACCCAACGCGGCAAGGACCGAGGCUCAUGAUAUACGCCAUAGUCAUGGCGGUCAUCACUGGCUUUGCCUACAUCGCUGCUGUACUCGCUGUUAUAAGUGAUGUCCCUUCGGCCAUCUCAGCCUCGCAGCCACUUCUUGAGAUAUAUUACCAGGCCACACAAAGCAAAGCUGGUAGUAUCUGUCUGAUGUUGUUUCCGCUUCUCUCUUUUGUUCUGUGCGCUAUCGACGACAUGGCCACCAGCGCUCGCAUAGCCUACGCUUUAGCACGCGACGGCGGUAUGCCGUUUAGCAAGCAUUUUGAACGCAUUAGCCCAACCUUUGGCGCUCCAGUGGCCGGGCUGCUGUGGUGCUUCGUUUGGGAUGUCGUCCUUGGGCUUAUCUUUCUUGGCUCUACCAAUGCCUUUAACGCCAUUAUCUCCGCCGCGGUUGUCUGCUUCACCAUUACAUACGCCAUCCCCCCUGGCAUUAACAUGUUGCGCGGCCGUCGCAUGCUCCCUGAGAACCGGAGUUUUAAGCUACCAAACACCGUUGGCUAUAUUUGCAAUGCUGCCGGUGUUGCCUGGGCAUUGCUUACAACUGUCCUCUUCGUGUGGCCCCCGACGAGACCGACUGACGCAGUUAAUAUGAACUAUUGUAUCGUUGCUUUUGGCGUGAUAGUCGUCAUUGCCGGCUCCAAUUGGAUCCUGAGCGCUAGAAAGUCCUACCAGCCACCUGCUCUUGAACUCGUCGAUAACCACCGUACAGUCCUGGUUGGCGUCGACCAAUUGACUGAUAAAGAUGUAACGAGCGAGAUGGAAGGGAGUGGUCAGGAGAAGGCCGAGUAG